AUGGAAACACGUCUUCCUUUCGGAUGGAAGCCUUUCAACAUCGACUGCUAUGAUGGCACUACUGACCUAGAUGAGCACGUUGAUCUGUACGUCACGCAAGUAAACCUAUACACUAACAAUGAUGCUAUCCUGUGUAGGGUUUUUUUGACCUCGCUCAAAGGAUCGGCACUCGCCUGGUAUACUCAAUUGCCAGCAGGAUCAGUUGAUAGCUUCGACACUCUAGUGAGGCGAUUCACGGUGCAGUACGCAACGAGUCGACCGCAUCACAUCAUGUUCGCCACCUUGGCCAGCCUUAGACAGGGCGACGACAAACCAUUGAGGACGUUCAUGGAGCACUUUGCCAGCAUCUCCGUCAAAAUCCGCAACCUAAACCCCGAGGUCGCCUUACACGUCAUGCUCAUGACGCUCAAGCCAGGACCUUUCGUUGACAGCCUUUAUUGGUGA